AUGGUGGCUUUGAGAGGUGGUAACAGUUCCCUGGGCACAGUUUCACACGGAUGUGGAAUUCAUGCGGGACAACAGAACGCGCUCGAUUUGACACAUCGUUUACAAACAUCGCUAGGCAUGCAGCUUAGCGCAGCAUCACAAGCGGUGGGCCACCAUUCUAGCCACAUGAACCACGCCAACCAUGCCAACCACACCAAUCACGUAAAUCACGCUAAUCAAGGAUCACAAGGCAAUCAACUCAAUAUUCCUUCACUGAGCAGUAUGUCACUAUUGAUGCAGCAACAAACCCCGGCCUCCCUCAAACACGAGCAGAAUACGCGCUACUCGAAUUCCAACUGCAUGUUGCCCACUCACCACUACAGACUCUUGACGCAAACCAAAUUAUUAUUCGUGGCGAUAAAGUUAAUGCACCAUGUACUAACGAUUGAUCGCGAUCGGCGAUUGUUGUUCACUAUACCUAUUUCCUUAGCGCAAUUCAGUUAUCCUCGGGCGUCAACACCGCACAGACCGGAAUGUUACCAUCCAUCGGGAGCAGCGAGUGGCGCUUACAUGUCUGGCGCGGCUGGUGGGCAAACCGCUGCGCCCAGCAUGCGCGGUCAGCCCGCGCCCCAACCAUCCGCCCCUCCGGCACCUCAACAGGAUAUCUCUAAAACCACAAUGGCGGGACCAAGUUAUGUCUCUCCACAAAACCAGACACCACCCUCGCGGCCUCAGUACCCCACUUUUCCAUACAGAACUCAACAUGGGAGCAGGCCAUCCUCACACCCAAGACAGCAACAACCUUAUAUGAGUGGCGCAAGUGCUACAGCUGCAGGACCAGUCAUGUACCACCCAACACUUGUGUUUCCACAUCACAUGGGCAUCCCACAAGGCUAUCAGCAACCAAGAUCCAGCACACCCGGGUAUUAUCCGUACAUGGCGCCAUACCUCAGCUACACGACACCGGCUGGACAUACUGCGCCGUGUAAGUAUAUAGCAGACUACUACCCGUCGAACGGUCAACAGUUAGGAGCGGGCGGCGUGGCCGGCGGUGGAGGGCGAGCCAGUUCAGCUGCGUUGGUUCCGCAGCAACAAAACGCGCCCGCCGUUACUAACGCAUUGCCACAUCCCCAGCCACAAUCACACAUACAUCCUUCCAUACCUGGUAUUCGUCAGGUUCCUCCAAAACGUACUUCCCAUAGACUGCCGAUAAUUAACCCCUUAACUAAGCAAGAUAUAUUCUCGGAAAUAUACUCUAAUGAUAGUCAAUAUAUGAGUGGUGAAUCCAGUGAACGACAAACUCCUCAAUUGGAGCCAAUUCAUAGUUUUGCCGAGGAGUUUUCACGGAUGGUGAACGAAGCUGCAAAUCAACCAACGCCAAGUGAAAGUGCUAGUAAAUCGAACUUUGUUUCUAAAAACGUCGAAGUGCCUAUUACAACGGCAAGCUCUAAUCCACCUCAAACUAAUGCAAUAAGUACUAUUAAUAAUAAUAAUAUAGUAAAGUCUGAGAUAUUAAAUGUUAGCGAUAAUAAAAAUGCAGGAACUGAAAUCGUAGAAACAAACGAGACGCCGGUAGUGUCCGCUAUAUCGGAUAAUCCUGUCGUAGUGCCUAAAUUGCCAGUCAAUAAUAAGCAAAUUCAGAAAUCUACGGAAUUGAAUCAACCUUUAGCUGUAGAUAAUAGUAAGAAUUUACUUAAUAACAAACAACAAAAACAUGCUAAGAAUAAACCACUUGUGCCUCAAGAUGAAUUAGAAAAGCAAUCAGAUAGUGUGAGUUCUAUAGUUCCUCAAGCAAUAAAUAUACAAUCGAUAGUAACGCCUGCGACUCCGCCUGUAUCGAUAAACAUGCCUACUGACUCUGGCUCCGCUUCCCUAUCUCUCUCUAUGCCCGCUCCGCAGCCUCAAAGAAUAAGAGAGCCUAGAGAUAGAAUGAAAUCAGAGGAUAAAGAGAAGCCUCUAACUCCGAAACCUAAAGACAGUCUAGAAAAGGAUAUCCCUAAGCCAAAUGGACCAACAUCUGUCGAGAUUAGUUCAGUUGAUAGUUUAGUGGAUGCUAUCAAACCUUCAACUAGUCAACCCACUUCAAAUCUUAAUAAAGAGACAACAAAAACAGCAAACCAGUUAUCAGCAACAAAUGAGACUGAGAUUUCUGUCAUUGAUAAAAAUAUUGAGGUUGUGAUAAACAGAGGGAACGACAUCCCUGUGAAAGCUACACCCACUGCCACAGAACUUUUAUCAGCUAGUAUUGAGAAAGUUGCAAAGGAGCAAUCUUUACAAGAAGUUUCCACAACAGACGAAUCAAGCGCAAUUCAAGCGCAGGUUAAGUUAACUCAAAGCAUAACCAGUGCAGCACGUAAUCACCCUGAUUCUAAAAUGAAAGAUAUUAACCUUAAUACAACAACAGAUGAAGAAACUUCAAAUGGGAAUCCCGCUGAGGUAAAUAAGGUUGAGACAGCGAAAGAUGACGGCAAUAAAAGUGAAAAAAGUGUAAAAAACACAACUAAUAAAAAUAAAAAGGCUAAUAAAAUGGCAAGUAGUGAAGUUAAUAUGAACAAAGGUGAAUCAUAUGAGAAUGGUAAAGAUGAGACUGAUAAAGUAAGUAAGGAACAGGAAAUAUCCUUGUCUAAAGAUGGAGAAAAGUUAGUUGAAGCAGAUAAACCUGCUGCACCACCUGCAGCGACCACUUCUGCUGUUUUUGUGCCUAAGUACAAGUACUCCGAAGAUCAAUGGUCGCCAAUGAACAAAUCAGGGAAAAAAUAUUAUGAUAUUGGCCUUCUUAUGCAGAUAAAAGACGAUCCUCUUUCAAAAAACAAACCAAAUGUCCCAUUACUAGAGACAUGCAAUGUCAUGAGGUCCCCCAUUCAAGAAACUAUGACCUUCAGUCCUAUUUCAAGACCCAUGAAUGAUUCGCUCUUCCCUAACUUUUUGAAAAAUGCUGGUGUGGGAUCAAGAAGUAAUGUUCCCAGAGAACCUAAAAAGGAUGGUAGAAAUAUUCCUCAAAGUGGUAAAGGGAGUGUAAAGUUGACACCUGCUAGUGGUAGCAGUACUCAUAAACCAGUAAUACAUGUGUCGCUCUCGUUGAGGGAAGAAGUAAAACUUAAUCAGACCAAGGAUGCGUGGAGGCCCACUCGCUUCAAGAAGGAGAGUCUUACAGAGGAAGAGUUUAAGACUCAGGACUUAUAUAAGAAGUUCCGUGGUAUAUUGAAUAAAUUAACUCCUCAAAAAUUCGAUACAUUACUUGACAAAGUCAAAACCCUGGACAUUAACACUCAGGCUCGUCUUGAAGGUGUUAUUGAUUUGGUCUUUGAAAAGGCCAUAGAUGAACCUAAUUUCUCUGAAGCUUAUGCUGCUAUGUGUAGUAAGCUAUCGAUGCUUAAGGUACCAGCUGAUAAUGCUCCUGAUCAAUGUGUCAAUUUCCGAGCGUUAAUUAUUAGCAAAUGUCAAAACCAGUUUAUCACAGACAAAGUAGAUGAAAAUAUUCUCAAGCUAGAGAAAGAAAUGGCAGAAUGUACUGAUCCUGUUAAAAAGAAAGAGCUUCAACUUCAACUUGAGGAAGAAAAUAGGCGUGUAAGAAUGAGAUCAGUAGGAAACGUCAGAUUUAUAGGUGAACUAUACAAGCUGAAAAUGUUAACCUCAAAAAUUAUGGUUUACUGCAUGACAUAUUUAAUUGAGAAGCUUGAAGAGGAGAAAUUGGAAUGUCUCUGCAAACUGCUCACUACUAUAGGUGAACAAGUAGAGAGCGAAGUUAAAGAACAAUUAGAAAGUGUCUUCAAGAAAAUGCAAGACAUUGUGGAUCGGAAAUCCAAUAAGAUUAGCAGCAGAGUUCGUUUUAUGAUUCAAGAUGUAAUUGAGUUAAGGAGACGUAAAUGGGUUGCCAAGAACGUAGUUGAUUCCCAACCUAAGAUGAUGGACCAAAUUCAGAAAGAAGCUGAGCAACACCAGAGACAUAUUGAGCUUAUGAAUUCACCUUCAAUGGGUGGUGGUUUCCGACGUGAAGACGGAGGCCGUGGGAAAAGAGGUGGAGACAGACGUCAGGGCUCUAAUUCUUUUAUGGAUAAUCAGUGGAAAACAACUCGUCCUAACUAUACUGUAGAUACCUCUAAACUCAAGACUGUCACUCAGAAGAAUCUAAGCAAUAUUAAAUUGGCUCCACACAACUCCGGUUGGAAUCAUGGGUCUGGAACAAAGACUCCCGCCCAAAUCAGUAGCAAUUCCAUGAUAAGUCUCACAAAGAAUAAAUAUAGCGUCCUUGAGAAUGUACAGACUGAUCCAAGUUCCCUUAGGACAAGCAAGGACUUAUCUCCAAGCUACCACCAUUCAAAAUCCAUAGAAAGAUCUACAUUUAAUUCUAGAGGUGAUUUUAACAGUGGCAGUGGUAGUCGCUCAGGAUCAGUGGGCGUCACUCGUUCCAACUCUGGUAGUAGGAGCGUCAACCCUACACCCGCCCCAACGCCUGCCCCAGCGCCAGAACCUGCUCCCACCGCGCCCACUCCCCAGGAGCCUAUACCUGACGACAAGAAGAAGUCCGUCAAAAUACUUAUUAUGGACAAACUAGUCAACCCCAAUGACGAUGAGCUAGUCACUGAAAUCAAACAGACUUUUCCUGCUCAGUAUCAUGCUGCAGUAGUUACAGAAAUUCUAAAUGUUGCCCUAGAAAGGCCAGCAAAGGAUGUUUACUCUAUUGCAGCAAGUCUGUUACAUCUUGUAACGACAGGAACAAUAUCUUCAGAGAAUUUCCUAACUGGUAUCAACGAAAUUUUAGAAUUUGCGCCAGACUUAUGCUUAGAUAUCCCUAUGCUGUAUGAAUAUUUAGGAAAGUUUAUUGCACCGCAUAUUGAAAAAAGGCAUGUCACAAUUGCACAGAUAUUUAGAUUAUGUGAAAAUAUAAUAUCAUCAAAUCAUGGCCACAUGUUCUUAAAAACUGUAAUAAGAGACUUAAAAGAGAGCAUGGGACCCUCAUUUGUAAAAACUAAGUGGCAGGAGGCUGGAUUAGAAUUGAAACAAUGGAUGCCUGAGGAACAGGUACCAAAAUGGAUUGAAGACAAUAAAUUCGAGUUCUUGGAUGGUGGCAAGCCUAGUGAAGAAACAAAGAAAAUAUUAACGCCAAGCGAAACUCAGAGUAAAUUGUUACAGUUAAUGAAUACUGAUGAACAUUGUGACUGCAUACGAGGAUGGGUGCAGGAUAACCUAGGCGCAGCAUCUAAUGAGAAUUGGUUUAUGCGCGCCUUGACACAAGCUAUCUGCGAGUACGCAUUAUACGGCACAGAAGGACGUGAUGUGCCGCACUUCAGCCACGAACGUAUGAAUAAAUAUGCGUCCCUCAUAAGUGAUUUCGGCGAUUCUCGCGAAGAAAGAGAAGCAAGCUGCCUCUUUGGUAUCCAACAGUUGAUACACAGGCUGGAGCAUCCUCAAGGUUUGACAUUAGAAAUAUUCCAAUAUUUACAUGAACAGUAUAUAAUAUCAGUGGAAGGAUUCAUCGCAUGGGAAGUAUCUGAAAAGGAGCCUGAAGGGAAAGCGGUGAUGCUAAAGGCGCUGACGUCGUUCUUCACGAACAUAAAGGAGGCAGACAACGAGGAGUCGUGCGGGGAGGACUGA